AUGCCGAAGCGCCUCUUAGAGCGCGAGCGGGACGUGCGGAAGAAGAAGGCUAAGAAGGAUGAGGUGAACGGUGCACCGCGUGUGGAGGAGGAUGCGGCGCGUAAUGUCGUUCCUGCAGCAUCGAUGAAGCGUCUGGAGGCGUUCGUGCAGCGGUGGAUGUCGGAGGCGAACAACGUGCAGCUCCCACCGCCGUCUUCGAUGCCGGUGACCGCCCCACUUCCAACUAUUCUCGAUAUGAUGAUGCCGCCGGCCACAUCUCUUCAUCCUGUUACUACGGCUUCUGCUUCUCUAGCUGCUGCUGCUGCAGCCAACCCAGUGCGCAUGAAUGGGGUGCUUGCAGCCCGGCAGGUGGCGGAGGGAACAGGCGUGGUGUUUGAUGACGUGAUGCUGCUGCAUGAGUCGACAAACCCCAAUGAAUACGAGCGUCCUGGGCGACUCAAGCGUACGGUGGAGCACCUUCGCGCGACUGGACUCAUGUCGUGCUGCCGCCGCAUCCCACGCCAUGUCGCACGCACAAAGGAACUCCGUCUCGUGCACUCUCUCGAGCACAUUGACUACAUUGACCAACUGGAGUUCGUCGCCUCGCUGCAAAAGCCUGGCUGUGACUACAGCGUCGGGCAGGAUCUCUACGCCAACACCAGUACGUCCAAGGCGGCCCGAACGGCGGCCGGAUGUGUUGUUGCGGCGGCGCUGAGUGUCGUGCGCGGUGAAGUGGGAAACGCCUUUGCGCUGGUGCGGCCGCCCGGGCAUCACGCCAGCUCUAACACCGCGUCCGGCUUCUGCUUCUUCAACAACGUGGNGCCUUUGCGCUGGUGCGGCCGCCCGGGCAUCACGCCAGCUCUAACACCGCGUCCGGCUUCUGCUUCUUCAACAACGUGGCGGUAG